AUGAGGACUGGAUCUCCUUCGAUUGACUCCCUCUCGGCUCCGGACCAGAUCCAAACAGAGUCUGAUAUCCCCCACAGCUCUGCCAAUGCCCCAACCCUUCCAUCGGGCCAGGAAGAAGAUGAACCAAAUCGUCCAUCGGACCGCCAAAACCGAUGGAUCGACGGUAUCCGCAACAUCUGCAAUGAUGCCAACCGACUUCUGUGCUUAUUAGUCAUCAUGGCAAACAUUGCAGCGUCCAUCUGGCUUUUUUGCACGGAGAAGGACCUUAUCAAAAUCAACCCAUGGGAUUUGAUCACCGCUGCGAGCGCAAAUUUGCUUGUCAGCACAAUUGCCCGACAAGACAACAUUCAGAUUAUUCUGCUGCAACUUGCAUGGCUUCUUCCUCAUACCACACCCUUGCAUCUGCGCCGCAUGGUCGUGACACUCUACGAGAAUGGCCUACACUCUGUUUGUGGCGUGGCAGGCUCAGUUUGGCUCACUGCAUUUACAGUGCUACUCGCCUUCCAGCUCGAGCAUCUAUUAUCCACAUCCGUAGCGGUUCUCGCAACAGCCUAUGUCCUGCAAAUGCUGUGCAUGACUAUUUUAGUCUGCGUGUACUCAAACUUCAAAUCGAGACAUCCCAAGUUGUUUAUGAUAACACAUCGUCUCAUUGGAUGGAUGAUAGUGUUACUCCUAGGGGUCGAGCUCAGUCUUCUGGCCUCCAUCACAAGGUCUGUACGCACAGAUUCCAUCGGAAAAAUCCUGACGUCACAACCUUCCUUCUGGUUCCUUGUCAUCAUCUGCAUGUACUCAAUCUCCCACCGGUUUGCCGUUGGGGUAUGGCUUUGCAGCCAACUAACACCGCGCUCUCAAUCACAACUUGAAGAUGGUGAGACAACUGAGUCUGUAUCUGUAGCACACGCGUACAGCCUGAACAAUCCGUUUCGCGAAGGUUUUAGAGCAGGGAUCCGAGCGGCAGAGAUCGAGCAGCGUACAGGCGGAAUGGUCACCAUGCUGCCGGCCAACACCUGGAACAGGGCAAGCGUCGAGGACUCUAGAUCAUCCCACUUGGUUGAAUGGUUUCCGAGAUCCAGAAUCCUUGGAAUGUCGUUUAUCUUCAAAAGUGUCAUUAUCGUCUCUACGGGCGUAAGCACCGUACCUUGUCUGUCAAUUCUGGCUUCCCCACAUCGUCGCACACGGUGCCGCGUUCUGUGGUGCUCGCCCAGUCCCAUGGAUAUUCCUGGACAGGAAAUUGUGGAUUGUGUGAAGGGCGUUGAUCCAUAUGCGGCUAUCAUUGAUACAAUGAGGCAGGGAAUGCCGAGUCUCGCGUCACUUGCACAUCCCAUGUAUCUCGAAGCACAGGCGGAGGCUGUGCUUGUCAUCAGUACCCCGAGUCUGGCCAAAGAGGCCUUAUCUGAGCUGGAGAGUCGUGGCGUUCCUGCGUUUGGUACAAUGCGGAACUCAUGA